AAAAAAACCUUUAUAAUGGCUUCAGUAGGUUUAUAUGAAGCAUUAAUAGCUUUCUUCUUUUUUCUCACAUUCUGUUUCUUGUUUAACAAGAAACCCUUUAGCUACCUACCCUUCCAGAAAACCCUUAAAAGCUACCCUUGGAAUUGGCCGGUUCUCGGUAUGCUUCCCGGUGUGCUGGUGAGGCUCCACCGUAUAUAUGACUGCAGCGUCGAGGUUCUCGAGAACUCCAACUUGACGUUCCAGUUCAAGGGCCCAUGGUUCUCUGGAAUGGAUAUACUGGUCACCGUUGUUCCAGCUAAUAUUCAUUAUAUAUUGAGCUCAAACUUUUCAAACUACAUCAAAGGUCCUGAGUUCCAAGAAAUUUUUGAAGCUUAUGGAGACGGUAUCAUCAACUCAGACUCAGAGCUAUGGAGGAAUCUGAGAAAGUCUUCUCAGGUCAUAUUCAGCCAUCAAAAGUACCAAAGCUUCUCAAAAAGUACUACUCGAAGUAAACUCAAAGACGGUCUCCUACCUCUUCUAAGUCACUUUGCAGAUGAAGAGAUGGUUGUGGACUUGCAAGACGUGUUCCAGAGAUUCAUGUUCGACACAACCUUCAUUUUCAUCACCGGGUCUGAUCCUAGAAGUCUCUCUAUCGAAAUGCCUGAGGUUGAGUUUGCUAAAGCUCUUGAUGAUGUUGGGGAAGCGAUUGUGUAUAGGCAUAUCACACCAAGAUUCUUGUGGAAGCUCCAAAAAUGGAUUGGUAUCGGAAGAGAGAAGACGAUGAUGAAAGCUAAUGCCGUUCUUGAUCGUGUUUGUGCAAAAUAUAUAUCAGCCAAGAGAGAAGAGAUAAGAUCACAAGAGAAUGCUGAUGAAGAGAGUGAGGAUCUGUUGACAUCCCACAUAAAGUUAGAUGCAAGCAAGUACGAGCUCUUGAAUCCUGAAGAUGAUAAGUUCCUCAGAGACUUCACAGUAGGUUUCAUGGUAGCUGGGAGAGAUUCAACGGCAUGCACGCUCACUUGGUUCUUCUGGAUUCUGUCUGAAAACCCUAACGUGUUGUCCAAGAUUCUCCAAGAAAUCAACGAAAAUGUACCAAUAACCAGGAGUGACCAAGACAAGUCGUCGUACUUGAACAAGCUGGUGUAUCUACAUGCAGCAUUAAGUGAAUCAAUGAGGCUGUACCCGCCAAUACCAUUCGAACGCAAGUCACCAAUCAAACCGGAUGUGCUUCCCAGCGGGCAUAAGGUCAAAUCAAAUAUCAAUAUUAUGAUCUUCCUUUACGCUAUGGGGAGAAUGAAAGACGUGUGGGGAGAAGACGCAAGGGAGUUCAAGCCAGAGAGAUGGAUUUCAGAGACAGGAGGGUUGAGACAUGAGCCUUCUUACAAGUUCUUAUCGUUCAAUGCCGGUCCAAGAACAUGUCUAGGUAAGAAUUUAGCUAUGGAUCUGAUGAAGACGGUGAUUGUGGAAAUAUUACAAGCAUAUGAGAUUAAUGUCGUUAGUGGACAAAAGAUUGAGGCAAAACCUGGUCUUAUUCUUCACAUGAAGCAUGGGCUUAAAGUAACAAUUGCUAAGAAAUGUUGCAGCUUGGAGUAGAAUGCAUUUUUUUAUGGAUUAGAAGGCUA